AUGCCGCUCGGGUCACCCUUUGGACCUAGGAACCGUGGUUUUCUCGGGGCAGACAGCUCCGCUCUCCCAACUCAGGAUCUGCAGGACCGCCAUCAAUUGCGAUAUGAACUCGACCUCAACUCGUGGAAUUUUCGAAUUUGGGGUGUCGCUGCCUCGGGCUUUUUGACUGACUCAUACAAUCUUUUCUCGACUAAUGUCAUUCUCGCUUCCAUCUCAUUUGUAUAUUAUCCGCAUGGUCGCGAAUGGCCUGGUCUUCUCAUUAAUCUCUUUACACUCCUCGGCUCAGUUCUUGGCCAGCUUUCGUUUGGCUUCCUCGCGGAUUAUUAUGGCCGCACGCGACUGUACGGAAUCGAGCUGGUCCUCGUCAUUGUCUCAACCAUUGGUGUUGCGACCAGCAGCCAUGGAUAUAACGACAUGUCCUUCCUAGGGCUAUUUAUCUGGUGGCGCUUUGUCAUGGGCAUUGGCAUUGGUGCCGAAUAUCCUCUCAGCGCAGUCAUUACAUCUGAAUGGUCCAGCACGCAAUCAAGAGGAAAAAUGCUGUCGAGCGUAUUUCUCAUGCAACCUGUUGGUCAGGCAUUGGCGCAGCUUGUCGGACUAUGGGUGCUUCUCGGUUUCGAAGACAGCAAGAAGCUAAGGGAUCUUCGGUGCGGCUUGGACACUCUUCAUGAAGAAGAAUGCCGCAAAGCCGUAGAUGGUGUCUGGCGCAUCGUCAUUGGAUCCGGUGCUGUCCCAGCCCUCCUUGCCAUAAUUUUCCGCUUCUUCCUAUUUGACUGCGGCCUGUACAGUCUCGAAGUUCGCAACAAGCCAGCCGUUGCCAUCCUCAAUACGCAACGAGUCUACGGAACGCCAGCUACUACAGCCAACUACCAUCAAAAUAUGCAUCAGCAACCCCUACAUCACCAGGGCUCGUUUGCGCUGCAGAAUACGAAUGGAAAUUUGCAUCCUGAGGCCUCACCUCAGCCCAUGCCCGUGCAAUUUUCUCGCGAAGAUUUAUACAACUACUUCAUCCGCGAUAAGAACUGGGUCUACUUGCUGGGAACGGCCGCAACAUGGUUCUUCCUGGAUGUGAGUUUCUACGGACUGUCACUCGAUAAUAAGGGGACUCUCUCCGACAUGUGGGCGACAACACCGGCUGUCCCGAUCAAUGAGAAUCUCGAGUGCUGGAAUUCGAGUCUGCCUGGAGGAACAUCUGCGGUACCUGGGUGGCGCAAGAAUGGCUUGCCUACGUGGCAAACUGAUUCAACGCAUCCUUGCAAUACUAUUUACGACGUCUUGAUUGAGCAAACGAAGCAGUAUCUUUUGACAGUCUCGGUGGCUUCGAUAGCCGGCAGUCUCUGCUUCAUUAUGUUUGCGGAUCGUAUACCUCGGCGCAAGUGGCUCACAGCGUCUUUUAUCAUUCUCGCCGUUGUAUUCAUGAUUACUGGCGGCGUAUAUUACAGUGUUCAUCGUGAUUAUGCAGCGGCUGCCACUGUGGUCUGCGUCGCUAUUUGUCACUUUUUGUUCAACUUUGGCGCCAACACGCUCACGUUCAUCAUUCCCGCCGAGGUUUUUCCCACUUGCUAUCGCUGCACCUGCCACGGCAUCUCGGCCGCCGCCGGCAAGCUCGGGAGCAUCGUUGCCGUACUCGUCGUGUUCGGCAUUAACAAGGCAUACAAGAGCCACACGCGGCAGGGCCUCAUCUUCCUGCUCUUUGGCUCCGUCGCCGUCGUCGGUGCCUUCUUCUCCUGGGCCUACCUCCCCAAUGUACAACGCUGGGUCGUCGAGCCCACGGGCGACGGCCGCGAGAAGCGCUACCUCGAGACCAAGGACCUGGAGGAGCUGGGUGAGGGCCGGGAGCGGGCCAAGCAAGCCGGCGAGCUGGUGUCAUUUAAGGAGCGCUGGGGCGAGCUGCGCAGCCGGAAAUUCGUGCGGAGGCGGAGGCGGAGGCAGAGGCAGGAGGCAUAA